UAUUUCAGUUCGGUAUAUCUUACGCAUUACCUCUGUUUAAAGAAAGCCUUACGAUGCAAUUCCUCAUGGUGUUUUUCUAUUUAGUGCUGAACCGCAACGCCCUUUGCUAUUCCAAGAAAAAUAGGUAUGGAACAAUUACAUUGAUCAAGCCAUCGUAUGUGAACAGACCGGUGACGCUGAAGAUGGAGCCACGUGAUGAGUGGAUGGGUGGCGUUGUAUGGAAAUACCUUCAACCAGGAUCAGCUAAGUUUAGGGUUGCUAACAGUCAAAAAGACAGUAUUCAGUUCUCAGAAAAUGGAUCAUACUAUUUUACCCUUAUUAAUGCAAAGGAUGUUUACAAUAACACGGACUUUUACGCCGAAUGUGCCCACAACCCAUCAUUAAAUUCCCAAAUAAUCAAGCUGGUUUUAGAAGUUCCUCAAAAUUCUGUCAUUGUUGGGCCUCAGUUUGGAGACUUUUUCAAGACAACAUGUGUUUACGCUGAUACUGGAAUCGACGUAUUCUGCAAGACAAAUUUUGGAAUAAAGCCUCUUAAUGUUUCAUUUAAAGUAGGAGGACAAAUAUUACCACUUGUGGUGGAAGGAAAACAGCCAGACAUGCACAAAUUAGACCACACCUCUUUCCGACUUAAGAAAGACAUGGUUGGCAGCAAUUUAACAUGUACAGCUUUAUACAGCGCUAAUGAGGAUCCAGUGGAGUUUACAGCCCGCCUGUGCUUUGUAGAGUUUGGAACGGGUCCAACAUUAAAAGAGCCAAGCUGUUUCUAUGGCGAUCGCUCAACUGCAACUUGUGAAGUAAAUGAUGCUCUUCCAGUUCCAAUGAUUGAAAUUCGUUUAAAUGAAAAAAAGUUAAAAGUGCAACAACAUGAUGAAUACGAUCGCUUCAAAAACACCUUCUCCAGCAAAACAACUUUUAUAACUGUUGAUAAGGAAUGGAAUGGAACAGAAAUGUGUUGCACAUCAAAGAUUGGAAACAACAUGAAUGGGAGAUCUAUUUGCAAGCCAAUACUCAUGAGCUGUACCCAGGAAAACGCUGAAAUAUCACCAUUCGGUCGCUUUUGGCUCACCAUUAUCUGUGGUAGUUUGGCAUUUAUUGGUAUACUAGCAAUAGCUCUUGUUUGCUGUUUACGGAAGAGACGUCAACAAAACGUUUACCAGACGUGCGCCAAAGGAAUCACAAUGUCAUCUAUGACCGAAUAUAAGACAGUGUAUUCAACAAUAGAUACUAUAGACACCGCAGAUAAAAGAACCGGGAUUUUCAGCAGACAGACGAGUCCAUGUACACAAUCAACAGAUUAUAUGACACCAAUCUCAAGAACAGACAGAAGUGGGCCAAUCAGGCUGACUAAGUUGAGAAACAUCGACAGCGAACACGUUAUUUCAAAAGAUGAGCAACAUUCUUACGAAGUCCCUCUACAAGAUACGGGCAAUGAUGCAGAAGUACCAAUGGCGGACAUAGGUUACAUUGAUAUGUCAGGAUGAAGACAAUAGAUAAAAGUUAUAUUAGUGUAUAGUACAGGAGUGCAAAUUCUUAUAAAAAGAAUGACAAAAGAAAUCUAAAGACAAGAAACAUGCUUUUAAAUUCGGUUGGCAAUAUGUGCUGCGGUGACUCUUAUCGAAUGAAUAAUAUAAAUAGUGAUAUUGAUGUUCUCCCAAGUUAUGUUUGUUUUUUGACUCCUAUGAUUUUUGUUAGUGUCCAAUUCCUGUUUAUAGAUGGAUACAAAGUCUAAAGACAAGCAACAAGCAUUUGCUUACGUUUGACAAUAUGAUGAG